AUGGCCUACAACCAGCACCCUUCUGUCCAAGGAGGUGGGCUGCAGGAGGCAUUGACAGUACUGGCUCUGUCAAUGGUCAGACCCCUGACUAGGGUGCAGUUCCUGGAUGGCAGAUAUGGAGAACAACAGCCCAUACCCAAUGGAGCCCAGCCUGGCAGGGCUGCAGGUGGGGACAGCAGAUGCAAAACAGAUCCUCCACACAGUGACACCUUGCCCGCCCUGUGUCCCCCAAAACUAACCCCAGCAUUUGGCAAUGUUUCUGGCAUCCCUAUGGAGGCCUGUGGGAAACAGGGCUUGGCCUCCCCAGUCAGGAUGAGCAGCAAGGACUCCUUUGAGCUGAGCAUCCGGGCAGAAAUAGAACCAUUUCUGAAUGAGAAAAGAUAAAAUGAAAACCAAAAGUGUGACAGGUAUGUGGAUAAGAAAACAGACUCAAACGAAAAUUCUGCCCAACCCACACUGAAAUCCACCCAGGAGCCCCCUGUCAUGGCACUGCCCCGCCAUGGUCUGAUGGAGCCUGGAAGGAGUUUGUCUUCCAUAGACCUUUCAGGUCAGCAAAGGGCUGAAGGUAGGGGCAGCAGUCCCAGGACCCUAGCCACCCAGCACAAGGUCUCUGACUCCAGCAGCGAUGAUGACAUCCAGGAGGCCAUCCAGCUGUGUCAGUUGGAGAAGACCAGGAAGGAGGCUAGCAGGCAUCUGCCACCAAGAGCACAGCUCAGAAAGAAGGGGCUGAAAGUUGCCAGCAGCCUGGGCAGCUCACUGAAAAGUGCCUUCCCUGAUGCCCCCAGGAGAACACCCAGCAAGAGGAACUCAGCAGUCCCCAGGGGCACAGAUCUCAGCCCAAGGGGCUUGGACUCUUACCACCUCUCCAAGCCACCAAAGGAUGCCACAGCUGCUGCACUUCCAGCAAGCACCACCACCAGGAGGGAGCCUAUGGAAGGGGCCUUGACCACACGUGGAGGGCAGCCAUGGGCCUGCAUCUGCUCCCCCAAUGUGCCUUUGCACUCUAAUGGGGACAGCAGCUCUGUGGACAGUUAUGAUAGCAUAGAGCAGGAAAUCCAGAUGUUUUUGGCUCUGAAGGCACAAUCUUUCAUGUUCAAUGACAUUUGUAUGUCUCAAGACCUCUGGGUAGAGGGGAAGGCAGAAGAAGAGAGGAGUGUUGGCGAGAAAGACAGCUCUAAGGACAGAUGGAGCUUGCUGGACAGCCACCAGGACCUGGACACAACCAUCAAGGACCUGCUAAGAUCCAAGCAGAAGCUCAAGAAGAAGUGCAGGGAUCCCUGGGCAGCCCAAAGGAAAAAGGUCAGGUUCAGCCCCUGA